GUCUCAGACUCACAUGGUAAAUUGUCAGGUAUCAGACUCACAUGGAAAAUUGUCAGGUCUCAGAAAAUCUUCCUGCAGGUGGCGCUGUUGUCAUGUCCCAUCCAAAUUGAUUUCCAAAUACGUCAUCAACGUGUGACAGUGGGAGAGCGCAAGGUCAUUGACCUCACCGGAGUUUUACCGCGGUCCAGGCUCCUAACGACACAAGCAAAUGGACAAGCUGAAAGCUUACGAGCAGCUGAAAAAAGACCUUGAAAAUGGCGAGAUUACCCAAAAAGGCUUUGAUAACAACGUAAAAAAGCUCCUGGCAGCAGAAAAAUCAGAUGACACUCCUUCAACAAGUGGCAAUGAAUUUCUCAGUGCAGCAGAGGCCUUUGGUAAAGCCAAGAAACUACUACAGCCUCAAGUAAAGAAAAGGCAAUUUCCAUUGAAUGAUAAACGUUUGGACCAUGGCAAAUCAUUAUUGAAGGUCAGAAUGGCUCCCAUGGAGUGGAAACCAAGAACUCCGAGAAGGUGUGGACGGUACCAGAAGUUAAUAAUGGACGAAGCUCCACCUCGAAUCAUCCUGCAAGGCCAUGAAACCUAUGAUGAUUUAAUUACCAUAGCCAAAGAACGCUUCUGGCCAGAGCGUACUGAGGGGAGUGAGUUCACUCUUUGUCAUUCUGACGGGACCAGGUGGAGUAAGGAGGAUUUCCACAAAGAAUACAGAACUGUUUCUGAUAUUACACAUCUGUGGAAAAGAACACUAUACAUCGGGCGAAGACAACUGGAUGAACUUCCUGAAACCCUCAUAGGACAAAAUGUUGCAGAACAGGAUUUCCAUCCAGAAACAUCCAGCUCAGGUGAAUUUGAAACAGGGAGAGUCAGAAAGAAAAGCCAGUCCAAGCAAAGGAAGGAGGAAAAUGUAGGGUCAUCUCUAGGUCCAGGUGGAGCAGUGAGCCAAGACAUGUUACCACAUGCAGUUAUUGAGGCAAAAGAAGCUAUGGAGGGAGCUGAAGAGCUAUCUGAAGGUGCUGGAAAUAGUGAGCUUUUGAUAGAUUUUGCAGAGUCCUUCAACACAACUCCAAAGUCGCCAUCAUUGUAUCUUCCACGUGUUCCAUAUGUGGAAGAGGCUUUAAUUACAUACAGCGAGGACAAUCUACUGGGAGAAGGGACAUUUGGCAAGGUAUAUAGAGGUUCUUUUCAUGGUACUCCAGCAGCUGUUAAAAGGAUCGUGUGUGGCCAACAAGGGAUGGAGGACAGCGACAUUCAUCAUGAGAUAAAUGUUUCACUGAGACUGUCUCACCCCAACAUCGUCAGACUAAUGGCAGUUGCCCGCACUGAGUCCUGCUUUUUGUUGGCAGCUGAAUACAUUCAUGGCGCAACCCUGCAGCAAGUGCUUCACACAGACAGCUGCUUGGUGAAGCUUGAAGGGGAUGAUGCCGGUUUCAUAUCACUGGACUUAUCCAUGGCAGUAGAGUACAUCCAUGCACAGAGAAUCAUUCACCAGGAUAUAAAGCCAGCAAAUGUCAUGGUUCACCACCCUUCUAAGAAGGCAGUCCUGACAGACUGGGGCAUGGCAAACAUAAGAGACACUGUGAUGCUUCGUCAAGGGAGUAAGUUCACUGCCCAGGUUAUUGGUCCAGCUGGUGGUACAUAUCUUUACAUGGCUCCUGAAUGCAUACUGAUGUUUGAAGAGGCCUCGUUCCAGACAGACAUGUGGUCCCUCGGAGCCACAUAUCUGGAGAUCCUGACGGGGUCCGCUCCGUGGACUGUUAAAAAACAAAGAGAACUGGCUGCACUAAUGGCCACCAAAACCCCACCACAUGCCCUAUCACAUCUCAGUGACAAACACAGUUUUCUUGGUGGUUUGGUGAGCUAUGACCCAGACUCAAGGCCUUCCGCAUCUGAUGUUGUUAAGUUUCUCAAGUCAGGCCUUGAUCUUACAAGCCGAUAUGGCUACAAGUGGUAAUGUUGCUACAGUCUGCAGUUCAAAAGUCUUUCAAUGUUAAUUAUGUUAUACAUUAGGGUUAACAAAAGUUGUGUUAAAUGAAACACUGAAUCAUUAUGAAAGAUGGCACCUUGUCAAUUGUUUUUCAACAUUUUAUUGUACAUUUUGUUGGUCAGACAGUUUUCAAAUUACCUGUUGAUUGUAAACAAGGAUAAAUAAAUGUUAACAAACAA